UGUACUAAUGCGUGUCUUGGUGUGGCACAGGGAGAAGAAGUGUGCCAUGCAGUACGCACUUCAGCUGCGACCUUGAACAGCGUGAAAACCAACUUGAUCCGAGCAAGUGAGGCUGGAAAUCGGAUAGUUCUGACUGUUCAGGAGUCGCUGUUGGAAACAGGAGACUGUCAGUAGAUGAGUGAGAAGGUCUUUUUGUUCCUAGACAACACUACUGCAAGGCUGGAGAGCUUCUAGACAACGGCAUAGAGGACCAGAGCAAGCAGGAAAAAAAAGAGAAGAAGAGCAGACAAAUCCUGAAAAAGGAGAGUUGAGGCUUUAAGGCUGCUUUUUUUUUUUUGCUGCUUUUUCACUUUCUCACUCUGUGUCCAUCUGGCUGCAAGAUUGCAUCCAAGACUGUUUCAUAAGCAGUCAUUUUUGCCUGCAUGUAUUUUGGCUGCCACAGCUUCUGAAAUUAACAGUUUAUUUACUUCUUGCUCAUGAAAAAGGAUAAUCUCACAGUUCAUCAUCAUUUCCCCAAGGGGUUGGAGGUUACAAGUUGUCCACUCACUUGCUUUUAAGACUCGUAAAGGGAACUCUGUGUUACAAAACAUAUCUAGAAUGUUCUGCGUUAGCCAAUGAGGAAGAUUCAACUCAAAAUGAUUUGCGUCUCCAGUUCCUGCAGCCCAACCUAGUGAAAUUUAUACUACUUUUUCAAACGAGACAGGUGAGACUUAUCACCCGGGAUUUUCACCGUACUAUGAGUGAUGACAACUCGGACUCUGCCCCCAGCAAUGCGCUUAGGGUGGGAGCAGCAGGGCCUGAGGAGGAAGAAGAGGUGGUGCAACAGAGCAGCUCGCCAAGCAUGAGUGGCAGCUCCCCAUCAUCAAAUCCAGCCAGUGGCCGGACAGGAUCGUCUCCGGGAGGCGAGUCAGGACCCGCAGGUUUAGCCAGUGAUAACCGGGGGCCGAAUUCGGACGACAUGGACGCGUUAUCGAGUGGCAACGACUCCGGAGAGAGGGAGAGUGAAGGAGGGCUGGAGAGAGAGAACGGCUCCAGGGGACGACAGUCCAUGCGAAGUUACCAGAGCUCCUCAAGUCAUAACGGCAAAGAUUCUGGCAUGAUGAUGGAGACCACUGAGAGCAACAAGAGCUCAAACUCCCAGAGUCUGUCUCCCCCCAGCAGCUCACUGGCAUACAGUUUGUUGAGUGCAAGCUCAGAGCAGGACCCUUCAUCCACCAGCGGCUGCAGCAGUGAACAGUCAGCUCGCGUGCAGACGCAGAAGGAGCUGAUGAGGGCAUUGAAGGAGCUCAAGAUUCGUCUGCCUGCUGAGAAGAAGACCAAAGGACGCUCCAGCACCCUCAGCGCCCUCAAAUACGCUCUUAGCUGUGUCAAACAAGUCCAAGCCAAUCAGGAGUAUUAUCACCAAUGGAAUGUUGAAGAGUGUCAUGGUUGCAGUCUGGAUCUUUCCACAUUUACCAUAGAAGAGCUUGAUAACAUUACCUCAGAAUAUACGCUGAAAAACACAGACACGUUCUCCAUGGCAGUAUCCUUCCUGUCGGGGAAGGUGGUGUACAUCUCUCCGCAGGGUUCAUCUUUGUUGCGCAGUAAACCAGAGAAGCUGCAGGGGGCACUGUUUUCAGAGCUUCUCGCCCCUCAGGACGUCAGCACUUUCUACAGCAGCACUGCCCCCUGUAAAUUACCGUCAUGGGCUUCCUGCAUCGGAUCUGCUCCCCCUCCAGUGGAGCGUACCCAGGAGAAGUCCAUGUUCUGCAGGAUCAGCGCAGACGGCUCUUCCAGCGGAGACAUGCGCUAUUACCCGUUCAGACUGACCCCAUACCUGCUCACACUCCGAGACUCCGACACUGCAGACCCCCAACCCUGCUGCCUGCUCAUUGCUGAGAGAGUACACUCUGGAUACGAGGCUCCUCGUAUUCCUCCAGAUAAGCGGAUUUUUACCACCAGUCACACACCCAGCUGUCUCUUCCAGGAGGUUGAUGAGAGAGCUGUGCCGCUGCUGGGGUACCUGCCUCAGGACCUGGUGGGAACCCCAGUGCUGCUGUGUGUCCACCCGGAGGACAGACCAAUGAUGGUGGCCAUCCAUAAGAAGAUUCUGCAGUUUGCAGGGCAGCCGUUUGAACACUCUCCGUUGCGAAUGUGUGCCCGGAAUGGAGAGUACCUGACUAUCGACACUUCCUGGUCCUCCUUUGUUAACCCUUGGAGCAGGAAGGUGGCGUUCAUCGUGGGUCGUCACAAAGUCCGAACUUCUCCACUAAAUGAGGACGUGUUCACCCUGCCGAGGGCUCUGGAGGAGAGCACCUUGACACCAGAUAUCGCACAGCUCAGCGAGCAGAUCCACCGAGUUCUGGUUCAGCCUGUACACAGCAGCAGCUCGCAGGGCUACGGCAGUCUGGCAAGUAACGGCUCGCAUGAGCUGCAACCCAGUGCCACUUCAUCAUCAGAGAGCAACGGCACCACUCUGGAGGACCCAGCUCAGCUCCACAAACCGAUGACCUUCCAGCAGAUCUGUAAGGAUGUUCACAUGGUAAAGACAAGUGGCCAACAAGUGUUUAUCGAGUCCCGUAACCGCCCCCCUCCUAGGAAACACACUGCCACAGGUUCUUUGCGACCUGUAGUGGACACUGUGCCAGAUGUGGCCCCACCCUCAAAGGAUCCAGUCCUCUCUCAGCUGGUGAGGAAGGACCCGCCCAGUGCGUACUCUUACCAGCAAAUCAACUGCCUGGAUAGCAUUAUACGGUACCUGGAGAGCUGUAAUGUCCCAAACACAGUAAAAAGGAAGUGUGGCUCCUCCUCCUGUACCGCCUCCUCCACUUCUGAUGAUGAUAAGCAGCAAGACACCCCCAACAACCCUAAAGGUCGGUCAGUAGCUCUGGUUAGUGAGAGUACAUCACUGCCAGCCCUGACUUUACACAGUAAGGCAGAGAGUGUAGCAUCAGUAACGUCCCAGUGCAGUUUCAGCAGUACUAUUGUCCAUGUGGGAGACAAGAAACCCCCAGAGUCAGACAUUGUAAUGGAAGAAGCCCCUACAACUCCUAUACUUGCUCCUCCUGUCCUUCAUACUCCUCCACCUCCACCACCUCCUCCUACCAUUGCAGCUGCGCCUUCUCUGCCCCCUCCGCCAACUCCGCCCAGCCCUGCAGUUACGACGGACAGAGAUGGAGGCAGGAGAGGAGGAGGAGGAAGUGGAGGAGGAAGGCUAGGACUGACCAAAGAGGUGCUUUCUGCACAUACUCAGCAAGAGGAGCAGAACUUCAUGUGCCGGUUUCGGGAUCUGAGUCAGCUGAGAGUGUUCGAUCCAUCGUCAGUACUUCGACAGCAUACUACCACACCAGUCACAAGAGGUGCACGCUGUUCACGAGAUUAUCCCGCAAUGAGCAACAGUGGUCGUCGGCGUGGAAGAGGGGGUAAGAGGCUGAAACAUCAGGAGACCUCGGAGCAAGGGAGCUCUUUAGGCCAGUCAGGCCCAACAGGAAGCCUCUCCACAGGUGCCCCUGCACAAGAGGGCACACCUAACGCUUCUUUCCCUCUGGCUCCUCCAACAACCUCAUCUUCUUGGCCUCCUUCAGUGGGCUCCCAGAAUAGCCUGCCCUCUGUGCCCUAUCCACCAGGCAUGCUGCCCCUUUAUCCACUCUACCCGCACCUCUCUCACCCCAUCACAGACCCCUCCAUGCAUACUGGCCUUCGCUUUCCUGUUCAGAAUUCUCAGGUGGCACCUCCCAUGGUGCCCCCCAUGAUGGCAUUGGUACUUCCCAACUACAUGUUUCCACAAAUUGGCACGACCAUGGCCCAGCCCGGGACUGCACCUAUGCCUCAGCCCUUCUACAACCCCAAUGUGUCUUUUCAAUACCCCACAGCCAGCACUGCCCCUCCAGCACCCACUCAGACAGUAACGCCAGCCCCAAGAAACCCAUCCCGCUGCAGCACACCUCAGUCCUGCAGCCAGAGGGAAGGAGGGGUGGAAAGAGAAGGAACAGAGUCGCCCCUUUUCCAGUCCCGAUGUUCCUCCCCUCUGAAUUUGCUUCAGCUCGAGGAGUCACCAACCAGUCGCCUUGAGGCAGUGACGGCACUGGCUUCUGGGCAACAGGCUACGCCUCCUACCGGUGGACAAGGAGGCGGGGUUGGAGGACCGGCAGCAGCCAAUCAGAGAAGUGCAGCUGCAGACUCCAAAGAGAAUGAAAAUGGAGAAGCCAAUGAAUCAAAUCAGGAUGCCAUGUCGUCCUCCUCCAGUGAUCUGCUUGACCUGCUGCUGCAGGAGGACUCGCGAUCAGGCACAGGCUCUGCCGCCUCGGGCUCUGGGUCCUCAGGCACAGGGUCCUCAGGAUCUGGCUCAGGGUCUGGGUCCAAUGGAUGCAGCAGCUCUGGGAGUGGAACGAGAAGCAGCCAGAGCAGCCACACGAGCAAGUACUUCGGCAGUGUGGACUCGUCUGAGAAUGACCACUCUCGUAAGCAGACAGCAGGGGGCAACGGAGAGGCCCAGUUCAUUAAGUGUGUCCUGCAGGAUCCCAUCUGGCUGCUUAUGGCCAAUACAGAUGAGAAAAUCAUGAUGACCUAUCAACUGCCCAUCAGGGACAGAGAGACUGUACUGCGUGAGGACAGUGUUGCACUGAGAGCCAUGCAGAAGCAUCAGCCUCGGUUUACUGAGGAGCAGAAGCAGGAGCUGAGUCAGGUUCACCCCUGGAUCCGCAGAGGACACUUGCCACGUGCCAUCAAUAUAUCCGGAUGCGUGGGCUGUAAAUCUCCUCCUUCAGUGCCUCCUGCUGCGCCCUUUGAUGUGGAGAUCCAUGAGAUGGAGUUGUGCAGUGUGCUCGAUGUGACAGAAGAUGGCGCCACCGGUGAGAAACGCACGCAGCUAGACACAGCCAUGGAUGACCGAGAGGCAGACGGAGAGGCACAGGAUCAUAUCGACGAGGAAGGGAAAGGACGGGAGAGAACGAUGAGACAGGUCAUCGAUCAGGAAAUGGCAGCUGAGGAACAGGAAGUUACCUCACAAAUGGAGGACGAAGAGGAAAAAGGAGGCCGUGAUAUGCUGAUAUGAAACUGUUUAGCCCACGACUGGUUGGGAACAUGACUGCAUACUUACAGCUGAUGAUGUCAUCAGUGGGAUAACGACGAAAGCACUUACACUAGUACUUUUUUCCGCCAGCAGCGGGAGGAAAAGGACGCGAGCACUAACGGCCAAGCGUACUGACUUUUGGGCACAAUUUUCUUUCUCGGAAAAGAUGUAAACUAGUACAGUAUGUUGUGAAGUUUACUAAUGACACUGUGGAGAAUGGGAUUACAUUGUUAAACUCAAGUAACCCUCAAAUUUGUUUUUAUAUAAGUUUAAAAAAAAAAAAGAGUAUUUAUUUGCAUAGCUGAAUGCAGAUCAGUAGUGAGUAAAGCUGCGAAAGCUGACCGAUGAUGAAUGUGAAGGAAAAAAAAAAAAAAGGCCACUUUAUUGUAAGACUGUGACACCACUGCUCUGCACACUGCCCCGGAUCACUUUUACACAACAACGUCAUGGAUUAGUUCGAGCCUUUCAAUUGUUCCGUGCGGCUCCAGCCUUGACAAGUCACCGGACUGUAUGUUGUCAUGCAGCUCUGAUCAGCUUCGUUACAACAACUCCAGUGUUACGGAAAGAUUUAUUACAGUAAUAUUCUAUGUAAAAAAAACAAAAGCGAACGUACGCAGGCUUCGGGUCAGGGUCACUGCCUUUUGCAGAUGUUUGAUCUGCAGUUUACAUGUGCAUUUAGGCCAGAUUUCACAGGUUGAUUUAUUUUUCUGAAGGUUCGUUGGUAUUUUUAUACAUUACCGGUGUAGUUUCUGUCCACAGGUUUGUACUUGUACUAUUUGCAAUGUGUGUUUUAAUCCAUAUCGAUCGUCUGUUCAUAUUUUCUGACAUGUUUAAUUUCUCCUGUAUAUACAGAAAAGACCUUGGCAUCCUCAGUAACAGAGGUGCAUGAUGGGUAGGAGAAUGUAUGAGCAUGGCGGACAGUCACAGGACAUCGAAAACACACCCUGGUGCCCGUGUGGUCCCGUUUUCACUCGCGUCUCGCUUUAGUUAUACGUGCUUGGCAAUCGGAGAAGAAAAUGAUAGGCUUCGUAAACACCAGUAACUGUGUAAAGAGUGCGUAGGACAGAGCAGACGAUCUCUACCAUCCUUCUCUUUUCUGUGUCAGACUGUUUCAAUCAUGUCGUACUCAGCUUUAGUGGUCUUGAGUGGUUUCUAAGUAUUUUUUUGUGAAUUUCUUUGUAUGGGGGAAAAAAAUAAAUAAAUAAAAUCAAAACUUUCACCCUU